AUGGCUCGUGAUUUGACUUUAAACACGCCAGGGUUGAGUCUGGAAGACUCUGGUAGUGACCCGUUCAGAGGCGGUGAAGAUACAAUCGACUCGAAUUCGUACACACCACCGCCAGGUGGAGAACAAUCAUACCCUGGAUACGGCGCAUAUUCACCCAAUGGAACAACUUCAAACCUACUAUCCGAAUCCUCAUACGACGAUAUACACGGUAGUGGAGGUGGGAAAGUCUCUGCACCUCCUGAAUUUGACCGGUUCCCCUCCAAGAUUGGCUCUAGAGCAGUUUCCAGCUCGUCAUUGGCAAGUCUGGUGAUUUUCGGAUACUACCAAAAGGAUGCUGCAAAUGGAGAAAACCUCCCCACUGGAACGGUUAACCCGGUCAUCAAGGAUGGCGAGCACUCCUUGUACGAUUUUUCUCCCUUUGGUGGGUAUCCUGCUUCCUCGUUCCCCCUUCAUAUCGAUGAAAAGGAACCUGAUGAUUACCUCCACAAUCCUGACCCCAUUGCAGAUGCAAAAUAUGACAGACACCGAUUUUUCUAUGAUCUCAAAAACUUAGAUAAAAGGUCUCUUGGUGGUCUUAUUGGGAUGAUUGUAUUAUUUCUUGGUGCCAUUGCAGUUUUUGUUGUUCUUCCCGUGUUGACGUAUUCCAACGUUGAACACCAUGCGGUCCCGGAAACGUAUGAGAUCCUUACCCAGUACAGUUAUCCAGUAUUAAGUGCCAUUAGACAGUCUCUAGUCGACCCAGACACCCCUUCAGAUGCAUUCACCAGGAAAACAGCAUCUGGAGACGCCACUUGGAAAUUGGUAUUUUCAGAUGAAUUCAAUGUGGAAGGACGAACUUUUUAUGAAGGAGAUGAUCAAUUCUUCACUGCCCCUGACUUGAAUUAUGCUGCUACUAAGGAUUUGGAAUGGUAUGACCCAGACGCAGUAACUACCGCAAACGGUUCAUUAACCCUUCGAAUGGAUGCUUUCCAGAAUCACAAUUUAUUCUACCGUUCAGGAAUGGUUCAAUCGUGGAAUAAACUUUGUUUCACCCAGGGUCUUUUGGAUAUCUCUGCACAACUCCCCAAUUAUGGAAAUGUUUCUGGACUUUGGCCGGGACUUUGGUCUAUGGGGAACUUGGGUAGACCUGGAUAUUUGGCUCUGACUGAAGGGGUUUGGCCAUAUGCGUACGACUCAUGUGAUGCGGGCAUCACUCCAAAUCAAUCACUGCCUGAUGGUAUCUCAUACCUUCCAGGUCAGAGGUUAAACGUGUGUACGUGUAAAGGUGAGGACCACCCGAACCCAGGGGUGGGGAGAGGUGCACCUGAAUUGGACGUCCUUGAGGCCGAAACUGACCCAAAACUCCACCUUGGAGUAGCUUCCCAAUCAAUUCAAAUUGCUCCAUUUGAUGUGUGGUAUAUGCCUGAUUAUGACUUUGUUGCCAUUCAUAACAAGCUGGUGACCACUAUGAACACAUACGCCGGGGGCCCAUUCCAACAAGCUGUACUGGGGACGACUACGUUGAACACUACUUGGUAUGAGUAUGGGUACCCUGGAGCACGUAAUUUCCAGCUGUUUGGCUUUGAAUACAUGAACGAUGAUCAUACUGGCUACAUUACAUGGUAUGUCGGGGAAGAUCCGACAUUGACGGUGAAUGCAUACGCACUUUCUCCCAAUGGUAAUAUUGGCUGGAGACGAAUAUCGAAGGAACCAAUGUCAAUUGUCCUCAACUUGGGGAUUUCCAACAGUUGGGCGUAUAUCGAUUGGCCCUCAUUGAUGUUCCCUGUAACGUUUAGGAUCGAUUAUGUACGGGUAUAUCAACCUGAAGAUCAAAUAAACUUGACAUGCGAUCCUCCUGGAUUCCCAACCUAUGAUUACAUUCAGAAACAUUUGAAUGUGUAUCUGAAUGUGAAUCUCACAUCUUGGGAACUGACAGGAUAUUCAUUCCCGAAGAAUUCUUUGGUGAAUAAGUGUUAA